AUGUCUAUAGAGAGGCCUGGUUUGCUAUUUCAUGACGACUACGGCAUUGAUGCUAAUUACGAUGACUUGAUCCGCGAUGUCAUCCACGUGCGUCGAUUACUCCAGAAGCAGCUCCCGACCUCUUCAUUCGACGCAAAUGGUUCACUUCGGAAAGAUGCGUCGUCAAUCGCAUUUCUUGCCUUUAGCGGAUACAACUUCAUUGUGAGCUUUUUGGCUAUUGCGGCUUUAGGUGGCAUAUGCGUACCUCUAUCUACCGAGCUCAGCGCUGAAGAAGCAAGUUUCUUUCUAAAGAAAACGAAGGCAACAUGUAUAAUCGCGGAAGCAAGAACCUUUGACAUGGCCACAACCUUCAGAGAUCAUGCGCAAGUCCAGUCUGGCCAAAUGUUGAGCUUGAUACACUUGUCAAGGGCACCGUCUGAAGUGGAAAAGAGUCCAAUCAGCUGGGAGAUUGAUCAAGCCUUGACAUUUUCACCAACCAGUGGAUGCAUUGUUCUCUUCACCUCUGGGACUACUGGGUUGCCGAAAGGCGUUCUUCUCCCCCGUCAAAUGUUCCACUUCACAGAAGCCCCUCCAUCUCAUGAAGUUGUUUAUCUGGCAUCUUGUCCCGUCCACUGGGUGGGAGGCACAGGCCUCGUCGACAGCGUGCUCAACGGCGAAAACUUACAUAUGAUGCGCAAUGGAUCUGAACCUGGGGAGUUUUGGGAUAUCUUGCGGAGCGGUAGAAUCACAGACAUGAGCGUGUCGCCGACGCUGCUGAGAAGACUGAUGGAGUACUACAACGAUAAUAUCGGUCAACUUCCUUCCGAAGAACGCGAGGCUUAUGCUAACGGAGCUCGAAACCUACGGUCUGUGUUUACAAGCGGCUCUAUGCUCAAUCCUUCUACUGCAAAACUGUUUGCGGAUUUGACUGGCACGGCUCUUCGGAAUGGAUACGGGAUAACGGAGAUGGGCGGAGGAGUCAUGGCGACUCCAGAAGGCUCAGCUAUUUCCGAGGGCUACAUUGGAAAGCCUUUUCCGGGCGUCACAGUGAAACUCUCUGAUGGAGAUCAUGGAGAGAUUUUGGUCAAAAGUCCUACCAUGUUUAUCGGUUACUUUGACGAUGAAAAGGCCACCGCUGCUUGCUUCGACGACGAAGGAUUCUACAAAACAGGGGAUCGCGCUCACCGCAUCGGCGAGGACUAUUACUUUGACGGCAGGAUGUCUUGCGAUUGGCUCCGGUUUCACGAGUACACGAUAUCUGUCCUGGAGCUUGAGCAGCGCUUGAUGGACCUUCCAUAUAUAUGUGAAGCUCACAUUCUCCCGGUACGAGAUCACCAUGCUGGAGGAUUAGCGGCUGCGCUGGUUCGUCUUCGCAAGCAGAAUGCCGAUCAAGCACGCAACAUCACCCUUCAGACUAUUCGGGAGGAUCUCGCCGGCGCCGGAUUAGUUUCGUAUAAGCUACCGACACUUGUUCGUUUCAUCCAAGAUGGGGAGCAAGUGCCACAUACGGCUUCUGGAAAGGCGCAGAAAAGGGAAGCUCUACAAAAGUACUUUAACAUAGUUGGCCAUCUACCGGAUCAGUAUGAGCAUGAAGGCGUGGAAUAUUGGGGAAACAAGCUGGAUUUGGCAACUUCGUCACGACUGUUUGACUGGGGAGGUCUGUAG